CUCUCGCUCCUGCUUUCGCAGGCGGCGGCGGCGGGCCGCAGGGCAUCUCGCUAGGGCAGCGGCGGCAGCGACGGCGGCUGAGUCCAGAGUCCCGCCGAGAAGAUGCUCAAAGUCACGGUGCCCUCCUCUGCCUCGUCCUGCUCCUCAGUCACCGCCAGUACAGCGCCCGGCGCGGGGAACCUCGUCCCGGAUUACUGGAUCGACGGCUCCAACAGGGACGCCCUGAGUGAUUUCUUCGAGGUGGAGUCGGAGCUGGGACGGGGUGCUACAUCCAUUGUGUACAGAUGCAAACAGAAGGGGACCCAGAAGCCUUAUGCUCUCAAAGUGUUAAAGAAAACAGUGGACAAAAAAAUCGUAAGAACUGAGAUAGGAGUUCUUCUUCGCCUCUCACAUCCAAAUAUUAUAAAACUUAAAGAAAUAUUUGAAACCCCUGCAGAAAUCAGUCUGGUUCUAGAGCUCGUCACAGGAGGAGAACUGUUUGACAGGAUUGUGGAAAAGGGAUAUUACAGUGAGCGAGAUGCUGCAGAUGCUGUUAAACAAAUACUGGAGGCAGUGGCUUAUCUACAUGAAAAUGGAAUUGUCCACCGUGACCUUAAACCCGAGAAUCUUCUCUAUGCAACUCCAGCUCCAGAUGCACCACUCAAAAUUGCUGAUUUUGGACUCUCUAAAAUUGUGGAACACCAAGUGCUUAUGAAAACAGUGUGUGGAACCCCAGGGUACUGCGCUCCCGAGAUUCUCAGAGGCUGUGCCUAUGGACCUGAAGUGGACAUGUGGUCCGUAGGAAUAAUCACCUACAUCUUACUUUGUGGAUUUGAACCAUUUUAUGAUGAAAGAGGAGAUCAGUUCAUGUUCAGAAGAAUUCUGAAUUGUGAAUAUUACUUUAUCUCCCCCUGGUGGGACGAAGUAUCUCUAAAUGCCAAGGACUUGGUCAGAAAAUUAAUUGUUUUGGAUCCGAAGAAACGGCUGACUACUUUUCAAGCUCUCCAGCACCCAUGGGUCACAGGCAAAGCAGCCAAUUUUGUGCACAUGGAUACCGCACAAAAGAAGCUCCAAGAAUUCAAUGCCCGGCGCAAGCUGAAGGCAGCAGUGAAGGCAGUGGUGGCUUCCUCUCGGUUGGGAAGCGCAAGCAGUCACAGCAGCAUCCAGGAAAGCCAAAAAGCCAGUCAAGACUCCUCUCCAAUGCAAGAAGGAAACCAAGAUAUCAAAGAUAAUCCACAGGAAGAAAAAGAUCCAGGAGAUGGGGCUCCAAUGGCAUAUGUAGGUGCUGAGCUGAUACAGGAGCAGCCCUUAGGGAAAGUUGAAGAUGUAAACAUAAAUGCUGCUGAGGCCACCAACAUAGUUCCGGGAGAACUGGAUGAUGGGAUAAAGAUGACUGAGUCAGAAAUGAAAGAGAGCCUAGCAGCUGGAAAUCUGAAGACUGUGGAGGGAGAAGCAGUCCCCAAAGAAGGGCAAGAAAACCAUGAUCCAGAAUAUGGGGACCAACAGUAUGCUGUGAACCUGCCAGAGUACUAA